AUGGGGAGAAUGGGACAAGAAUCAGAUUCCAAGACCCAGUUGGUAUUAGAGAUUUGCUCCAUUUCCACACGUUCUGUGGUUUGUGUUCAUAGACUUGUCUCAAACCCACACAAGGCAACUUUCAUCGACUGGUAUUGCAUCCUUGGAGUAGAAGAAAAUGCAGGGGUAAAUGCCAUUCGCAAGCGGUACCAUAAACUGGCAUUGCAACUUCAUCCAGAUAAGAAUAAACAUCCCAAGGCUGAAAUUGCUUUCAAGCUUGUUUCUGAGGCAUAUACAUGUCUAUCUAAUGCAGCAAAGAGAAAAGCCUUUGACUUGGAGAGAUGUAAGCAUUUCUGCAUUGAGUGCAAAAGAAUCCCAUAUGCAUCCUGCAAUGUCCCUGGCAAUUCCAGUGGUUCAGGUUUCAAGGCAUGGAAUAUUUUAAGCAGGUCAAGAUCUUGUAAACUUUGGAGAAACAUUAGGGAAAUAAGAGAAAGAUUUAAGGAGGAAGCUAAGGUGAUAGAGAAUUGUUUGCAAGCAAAUUCAAUGUCACGGAAAGAGUCUCCACUAUACAACCCGGUUGGCUAUCUACAUAGAAGCAAAUCACUGCAUAGAUUUGAGAGAGAAACCCCUGUUUUCAAUCCAUCGGAUUACUUAUACCAAGGCUAUCCUCAUCUGAGGAGCCAUGUUUACAAUAAUUCUGCGACAUUUUGGUACUUACAGACAGAUAGUUUGCUGCACAAGAGAGGAGCGCAGCACGCCUCCCCUGUUUUUGAGGUCAAAUCAAGAAGUAUGUUUACAAGCAAAUUUGCUUUUGUCCCAUCACAAUGUUAG